GAAUUUUCAGCCGAUGUCGGAACCGGAAACCCGGCUCCCGACACCUGGGCGAGUUCCAUCAGGUUCAACUUCUGUUGGUGCACUCCCUCCAUUAACAUUACCUCCACCUCGCCUUGAUCCUCUCGCGGGAAUCUCCUCCGUACAUCAUUCAUACGCUUCGCCUAGUCUUGCAACUCAGAUGAUGCCGUCACCUAUUCUGCAGUCAGGGAUGAUGUCGCCAGUGUCGACACAAUCGCCUCUCAGCCAUCAAAUGCUCAGCCCUCAGCAGAAACCCCAAAGUGUUCCAUCUUCUGGACAACAGCUUCAAGAUGUGCGACGGCAAAGUGUAAUGCUCCCUCAAGACCAGAUGCGGGGACAAUUCUCCCACACGGUCACUACAGUGCCUUCAAAUAAGAGGCCUAAUGAAAUGGGCAGACAAAUACAAAGUGUACCAAAUUCACCUGCUUCAUUGGCGAUCUCAACUCCACCUCAGUCUGUACAGGUGCGUCACAGCAGCUUGGAUGCUCAACUUUCUCCGGGAUCAAGUAGUGUUGGCAAUCCUUCGCCAUCGUACUCGAACCAUUCGUCGCCUUCCGUCGUUCAGUUACACAAUGGGCAUGGACCUCCCGGCUCCUAUGUGCAAACUACUAUGCAUUCUCAUCUUGGAUCAACAUUGACUCGCUACGCAUCUUUACCUUCUCAGGAUCAGCUGCAACAUCAUGUCGCUGUUGGAUCAUUGUCGUCUAGUCCCAACAAACAGGGUUACCAGCAUGAGGUUCAGUCAAGACCGGUUCAUCAGGUAGCAUCGACAAUGGCCUCUACCACACAGAGAACUGUGCCAUCACAGACGCCACAAGGACCUACAUUGCUUCAACAGCAACUGAGUACCCGUCCCCCUCGUUCACAGUCGAGUACUGCCAUCGUCGGUAGCCAGCCUAAUGUAAUGAUACAACAGCAACCAAUACCACAAGUACCAUCCUCGCAGCAAAAUGGGCAGCAGUCAAAGCCCAGACCAAUCCCAAGUCAAGAACCGAUGCCUCGUCAGGUUCAGUCUGCAUCAAAUCAGCAGCAGCAUGUGGUUAUGGGUCUUCUCCAUGGUGCUCAGUUACAGCAACAUCAGGCUGAUGGAGGCGCUGUUCAAUAUGCUGGUGCGAGUGUUUCAAAUCCACACGUUCGGCAGAUCUUAGCCAAUAGGACAUCUCAGUCAUUGAUGGGACCUAGCUCUUCUGCGCCACAGCAGGUUCUGCAACAUUCGCAGCCAUCGCCAUCACGGAUGUCGCCUUCAGUACAGCAGCAGGUCGUCGUUCCGCAUGGCAUAUUGCCUUCUCAGGCGAAUUUGCCGCUACGAAGUGUGCUUGCAGCUCAGCAACAGCAGUUGACACAGCAACAGUUGCUUCAGCAACAACGACCGCAGCAGCAACAACUUGCUGGAAUACAACAAGCAGCUCCUCAGCAGCAGAUUCGAUUGAGUGGCCGCGUUGCUGGCACUGCCUCGGGCGCGCUUGCCACGUUGUAUGAUGCGGAAAAAUCAGCUACUACGUUAACAAACAAGGACGCUUAUCGCAUCUUGAAGCGACGAUUCAAAUACCUCGUUUAUGAGAAUGAGUGCUAUCAAGAGGAGUUAAGAAACCUUCAAAGAAAGCUACUGAAACUCUCAAGGGAUAAGAAUUUUCUGCUUGAUCGUUUGGGGCAAUUUGAGAAAUUUUCCGACAGUUCUGAUGAAGACUCAGACGCCAGCCACAAAACCUGCGACGAAAAACCAAAAACGAAGAAACGAAUUCGCCCUGCUCAACGAAAGCGCGCUGCUGAUGAGGGACUAGAAGGAUCGAACGCUGUAAAACGGUCUGCCGAAGAAAGUUUAGUGAGCAGUCCCAGUCCAUCCGAGUCACCGAUAACUGAUCCGCGUUCUGGUGCAUAUCUUGCGACCGGACCUCAGUGCUCCUCUCAGUCAUAUAGGCAGCUUUUGAACGCUGCCAGUUCAUCGUCAUAUGAAAGAAUGCAAGUGCAAGCUCCACCAACGAUGAAUAACCCACCAUUUGUUCUUUCCCAUGGUCAGAACGUACUCCAGAUGGGAACUUCCGGCACACAGCCGCAACAGCAGCAAAUUUUGCGUUCUACUCUAGCACGUGUGGUUCCUUCAACAAUGCUUGCGCAGCAGCCUCACUCUUCUCAGUCAUAUACCUCAUCGAAUCGGCUUCUUGCUGACACGAGGCCAAUAGUGGCCAAAGUCCGAGUUGAAACACCGCUAGCUGGCAUGGCUAGUUCAUACCAAGGCGAACAGAUGAAACAGACGCCGUUACAUAGAGCACUUUCGAAAGCUCCUACAAUUGCACAGACCAGAUCGAUGGAAUUUUCGCAUCCACAGCAGGAGAUGCUUGCCAACAAUCCAGUGAACGGCGACAAUUACACAGCAUCGACUACUAGUGCGCUAGGACCGCCAAUGACCAUGGCUCCAUCGCCCAUCGAAACAAAUGCUUCUGUGCCAUCAGUUGCAGUAUCGUCGCUCUCCUCUUCCCUGAUAAAUGGACUGAUGCCUGAUGCUAGUGGUUAUGUUGAGAAGAAGGAAGAGAAAUGCUCCACUGCCAUUAUUUCACCGGCCACGUCUCAGCAUCGGUGACUACUGACUCGAUUCGCUUUAUAUCGCCUUUUGACUCAUGUAAGGCCAGUAUUACAUAUCUCCUGUUGAAACUGAUAGAAAUUCACCGAAAAUUUGCCAUGGGUGUGUUCUAGUCUCAAUUUUAGUUGUGCGUUAUCCCAGUCACUGUUAGGGUAGCACACUCUUGUUGUACUGUCUCAUAUUUGAAUUUUGGCAUAUUUUUACAUGUUGAUUUUUGACAUGUUGCAUUAAAUCCCGGUACUAUUGAUCGU